GACUGCUAAUUGUGACUGAAAUCGCAGUUAGAUACUGUAAAGUUGUUAUUGUGAUAACUGUGACUUCUCAAACACUGUGAUUUCUAACAUACGCGAUUUCCUGCCACCCCUGGCCCUAGUGCUAAUGUUUGCGCAAACAGAUGUGGCUUAUUGUCGGGAAUGUAUUGAUACCUUUAAGUUCUAAUUAUCGCCAGAAAUUAAUAAAAAAAUCGUUUUCCACCGACACGCCAACUGCAAAGUAGUAAUUUGUUGAAGCAAUGUAUGUGCAGCAAACAUAUUUCGUUUUUGAACUUGCUACAGCAAUGCAAUGUUAAGCUGUUGUGUUAUAUUGGCAGCAGUGUAUCGCAUACCAGGCCACGAAUGAAAAAGAGAUGUUUUGAAUAUGCUGCAUUGUACCUUCACUGUGAUUUGAGAAAGUCAAAUAAAUGACUCUUGAGAGAAGAAAAGAUGCCAAACCUGAGGACAAAAUCAUACUUUUAAAAAUGAAAAUAAUGUGACAGUUUUGUGCACAUACAACAGGUGUAAAUUUGUGAAUAAUGACAAUCAUUAUAGAAAGACAUUUUGCACCAGCACAGAUGCACACUAUAAAGGCUGCACAUUCGUGUUAACUGCACUGUAAAGAAUAUGAAGUGACACAUAUUGUUUCUUUGCUAAAUUGGGUACACAGAUUUUGAAGUUGUUUGUUGUGUAAGGUUUGUCACAAAAAAUAAUACCAGAGAUUUCAAACCACAAAUUAAGCUUGGAUUAGAAAUGUCAGAAAUGAAUGAAUGCCUUUGUGUUAACUACUGAACAGUGAUAGCAAAUAUACAGACAAAGAUAGUGACUCUUGAGCUUACACUCUGCACUAAUGACAUUUUCUCCUUCAAUGGGAAAAGAUGAGAUGACAGUUGUGUAAAGAAAACAAAAAAUAGGCAGUUGGUAUAAAGAACCUAGUGUCACUAGAAAACCCAGGAUUGACGUAUAUUAAGUGCAAUGUGGAAGACUGAUGAAACAAUAGCUACUAACAGGCAAGAGGGAAAAUCCAGAGUACUGACAAUAAGUUCCAAGCAAUUAAUUCGUUAAGGAUGAGAACUAAAACCUGGAAUCAUAGUAGCAGGGCUUUGAGAAGGAGGAGGGGGUGGUGGUGGUAAAAGGCAGGUAUGAAAGAAUAAAGGAGAUACGGAAUUCUGCUUGGAAACUGAAAAAUUGAAGGGGUAACAAAGUAAGGGCAAAUGAAGAUAGACUGAUGAUGAAAACUAUGGGAACAGGACAACUGAAGAAAAAUGUAAUAAUGUCUCUGUUCAAAGCAAGGGAACUGUGGUCAACACAAUGUGGUGCUGAUGAAACAUUUGAUCAGACAAGUAUUACAAUUGCCAUUAUUGAAGGAGCAUCAGAGAAUAUAAUUGUUGGCAGUCACAAUGGUUUUCUCUACAUAUUCCAGCCUUCCACAGCAAAAUCAGAAGAUGGAAAAUUCAUUGGAUACAAACCUUGCGAUCUCCUCAUUGAAACACAUCUUGCACAUCCAAUUCUGCAAGUGUGUGUAGGAAAACUUGUUUCGGGUUCACAGAAUCUGCAGAUAGGUAUUUUGCAUCCUCAGAGUGUUGCUGUCUAUAGUCUCAUAACAAGACAUGGUGCUGCAGAGCAUGGCGAUCAAAGAAGUUUGGCAUUGGCAUAUGAACACCAGCUACGGCGAUCAGCAUUUAAUAUGGUCAUUGGUCCAUUUGGUGGUGCAAGAGGCCGUGAUUUUAUUUGUGUACAGUCUCUUGAUGGAGCAUUAUGCUUUUUUGAACAAGAAACUUUAUCUUUCAUACAGUUUCUACCGAAUUUCUUAUUGCCAGGGCCAGUCGUAUAUUUAGUACAAUUAGACGCAUUUGUUACAGUCUCUUCACAUCUUCAUAUUGAAUGUUACAGUUACCGGCAACUUGCUGAAAGAAGUAGAAUCAAAGACCAAGAUGUCCAAGAAGGGAGAAAAUUGGUUGCAGAGUGGUCUUACAAUCUCGGAGAAGCAGUUAUUGAUAUUGAAAUAGUUUCGUGGACCUCUCAUGAUGACAUAGUGGUGCUGGGUGAAAGGAACUUCUUCUGUGUACAGCAAAAUGGUGUAUUAAAGUUUAUGAAGAGAUUAGAGUACAGACCAUCCUGCUUUUAUCCAUAUAUAGCUGAAUCCAGUGGCAAACUAAUGGUUCUUAUUGGGACUGAGAUGAAUACUUUGUUAAUUUAUGAGCAAACCACUCUUCGCUGGUCUUGUCAACUUGUUGUGUGCCCUAUUGCUGUGAAGAAGAUAAAUUUGCAGGAUCUUAAAGGAGUUCUUGCAGUCCUGUCAGAAGAUGGCUUAAUUCAUUGUUGCUAUCUUGGAACAGAGCCAUCACUGUUUAUUCCACCACCUUUGGAAGUGACAGAUAUUAAUUACCAGGAAGCUGGCAAGGAGCUGGCAGAACUGCAGAAAAUCAUUAAUUCUUAUAGCAAGGACAGUACAAUCACACUAGCAUGUGGCACAGCAGAGCGUGAAGUUUGUGUUGAAGUGAACAUGAAUUCCCGACUAGAAACAACUUCACAUGAACAUAUGCUGGGAGCAGGGAUUGAUCCCCCUGCAUGCCAGAUUUCUGUCCAUUUACGUCCACAUGUGCCUCUUAAUAAGGUGCAAGUUGCAAUCAUAGUACAACCACCACUGGAGGUCUCCCAAGUUUCACACACUGUCAACAGCCUGUGUGGAGAAUUUCAUUGGACAACAUAUAUAUAUUUAUCUCAGCCGGGUGAUGUCCCUUCUCUGGAGUUGAGAGUUGUUACUUCAUAUGUUACAAACAGCAGGAGCAUUCCACGCAUCUUGCAACAUUUUGCACAACUUCCACUAAAGCUUGUAGCAAAGCCAUGUGCCCCAGAAAAAAAUGCUGAAUUCAAAAUAGCAAUUAAUUCAAAUCUUCCUAUUGUUGAACCACUGGUGCUUUUCCCAGAAUUUUCAUUUGAAGAUUCAGGACCUGAAACUGUUUCUAGUGUUGGAUUUGCACCAUGUUUCUUGGAAAAAAAUAUAGUCACAAUCUCUACUGUAAAAUCUUCGCAACAAUAUCAUCUUCAGUGCAAUACAUUUUCAUCUCUGUGCCUUUUUGUAUACCAAUUGGUGCACAGACUUAAUAAGCAUUUUGCUAAAAACAAGCAGUUCUCAUGUGGCUACACUUCAUCAUUACCUCUGCAGGAGCUGUUCGAGGCCAUAGAAGCUCGCUUCAGAUGUAGAAAGGAAUCAUUUAAAUUAGAGGAAGAUCUUGCGCGAAAAGCUGCUCAGUUUAGAAUUGUUCAACGAAGACUUCUUACUAAGUUUAAAGAUAAAAUUCUAACACCAAUGAAUAACUUGGAAAAUCUUCUGAAAGACACAUAUACAAAAAUUUUAAUAUCUACUGACCUUCUGGAAGAAAACCAAAAAAAGAUGAAGUAUUUGAGUAUUCAAGUUAGUUGUUGUGUACGACUACUACUUUUCCUGCUGAAGUUACAAAAUCCUUCUUCACAGAACAAUGUAGCCGAUCUUGAAUCAGCACUCAGCUGUUCAGUAAAUGAUUCAGAUGAUCAGGGCUGGGAUGAAAUAACUGAUGCAGCGGUGUCAUACUUACUUCGAACAUCACUGGCAAAAUCUGUGAAAGACCAACAGCGAUCAGCACCAAUUUCUCUAGAUGCAUUGCAGGAUAUAGCAAGGGUUAAAAAACAUAUUUCAAUGGCUUUUGAGAGAACCUGUAGAGGUAAUCAACUUCCAGGGAAGAAAGAACAUAAUGUUGAAUCAAGCACUCUCCAUGUUGGAAUUAGCCCUAUACCAGAGGCUACUGAAAUAAAUGAAGAUGAUGAAGGAACAAUACCAAGAGGUUCUCAACUUGCAGAGAAGAAGCAAUCUAAUUUAGUACCAGGGACACCUGCUGGCCUCCUGACAACAAGACGGGCCAAAUUACAACUGCCAGCCAUUCCAGAUGGCAGUCAGUAUAAGACUGACUUCAAGAAACCUGCCACUCUUCAGAUGUCUUCUCUGGAGAAAGACAAGCCACCUGAAUUUCCACCUGAACCUAUAGAGAAUAUAAAAGUAACACACACAGCAGAAUCUCCCGAAGAAGAUGAUGAUAUCUGGUAACCAUAUAUUGACAACAAAUGACUGAACAUCUUUACUUGGAAUCUAAAUGGCAUCAAGCUUGACAAAUAUGGGGGCUUUUAUUAGCAGAACUCAUUAUGUCUGUGUUGUAAAUUUGAUGAGUUUUUGUACAUUCAUUAUUAGAAUGCACUGUCAUAAAUUUAUUCAAUAUGUAUCAGUACGAAAUUUGUAUUACACAAACUAUAAAAUGUUCCUGUAAAAGUCAUAACAUAACUACCAAGAAAAUUAUUAUUCAUUGUUUAGUACAGUUUUUCAGCAUAUUGUGGUUUGUUUAGUACAGUUUUUCAGCAUAUUGUGGUUAUAUUUGUAAUAUUUUCUGAGAUUUAUAUGUGGCAUUGAUGAUUUCUAUGUUCAUCCUUAUUAAUGAAGGAAAAUAUGAAUACGUCAUCAGGACUUUUCAACAAAUAAUUUCAGAUAAUGUUGGUGAAUUAGGUAUGAA